AUGACGGGACAGACAGCUAACGCCACGUCCCUCCUUGGGACUCAAGUAGAUGCAUUUCCCACCCUCUCUGUAGACCUGUGUGAUCUGGUGGGUGGCAGUUGGGACCCCUCGGACCAAGAUCCAUCUGGAGACUAUGGGUGUCAAUAUGUUAACCAGAGAGGGUCCACCAGAGAAUUCGAUUUCUAUGUAUGCCCGGGCCAUAAGGUACACACAGGCUGUGGAGGCCCGGCAGAGGGCUAUUGCAGGAACUGGGGAUGUGAGACCACGGGGCAGGCCUACUGGAACCCCUCAUCCACCUGGGAUUUCAUUACUGUCAAAAGAGGCAGCACACCUGGUUUUACGUACGGGGGGGAAGGAAAAUGGAAGUGUAAAAAAACAGAAAAUAAUAGAGAUAGGUGGGUCGAUUGUGGCCCCUGCUAUGACUCUUUAAAGACCAGCCAUAUCGGAGCCACCCCUGGAGGACGAUGCAAUCCUCUAAUCAUCUCCUUCACUGAAGCAGGAAAAAAGGCCAAUUGGGAUAUCCCCAAGUCCUGGGGACUACGAUUGUACCGCACAGGACCCGACCCUGUGCUCCUGUUUUCCCUGACCCGCAUUAUCACAAACCCACAACCCCAGGUUCCCAUUGGACCUAACCCCGUGUUGGCGGACCAAAAACCGCCCUCCAGACCAGUCCCUGUGGUGCCCCCCAUACCUCCCUAUGCCAACUCCACAGGGGCCUCCGACAGCUCUGCCAGUGUCACAUCCGCCCUCACCACCGGGCAUCCACAGAGGCCUGGUACUGGGGACCGGCUACUAGAUUUAGUACAGGGAGCAUACCUAGCCCUCAACCUAACCAGCCCCGAAAGGACCCAGGAGUGUUGGCUGUGCCUAGUGUCCGGACCCCCCUAUUAUGAAGGUGUUGCUGUUUUGAGAAACUAUUCCAACUACACCACGGCACCAGCCAAUUGUUCCUCCCUGCCACAGCAUAAGCUCACCCUUCCAGAAGUGUCUGGCCAGGGACGCUGUAUAGGGAAAGUGCCCCCAUCUCAUCAGGCAUUGUGUAAUGUUACUGAAUCCAUCUCGGUGGGGUCUUACUACCUGGCGGCCCCUGCGGGCACUCUCUGGGCCUGCAACACUGGUCUCACUCCUUGUCUUUCCGCCAUUGUCCUCAACCUUACCAGUGACUACUGUGUUCUAGUGGAAGUCUGGCCAAAGGUAACGUACUACCCCUCAGAGUACAUUUACACUCAGUUUGAGCAGAAGACCAGAUUUAAAAGAGAGCCGGUCUCCUUGACCCUCGCCCUGCUCCUAGGAGGGCUCACUGUGGGGGGCAUUGCAGCUGGUAUAGGAACAGGGGCUACCGCUCUGACAGCCACUCAACAGUUCAUGCAACUACAGGCAGCCAUGCAUACGGAUCUUCAGGCCCUAGAAGAUUCUGUUACUAAUCUAGAAAAAUCCCUGACCUCACUAUCUGAGGUGGUUCUACAGAAUCGGAGAGGGUUAGAUUUGCUGUUUCUUAAAGAAGGAGGACUAUGUGCCGCCCUUAAAGAAGAAUGUUGCUUCUAUGCAGACCACACGGGUCUGGUUAGAGACAGUAUGGCCAAGCUUAGAGAAAGGUUAAAACAGAGACAGAAAAUAUUUGAUUCUCAACAAGGAUGGUUCGAGGGACUCUUUAACAGGUCACCCUGGUUUACUACUCUUAUAUCAACCAUCACGGGUCCCCUAAUAAUCCUCAUGUUGAUUCUGUUCUUCGGACCCUGCAUCCUUAACAGAUUAGUACAGCUCAUAAAAGACCGGGUAUCUGUGGUACAGGCUCUAGUUUUAACUCAACAAUACCACCAACUUAAAAAUAUAGAUCCUGAAGAAGUAGAAUCCAGUGAAUAA